AUAGGCGAGCGCGGCGCGUCGCUGUCGGGCGGUCAGAAGCAGCGCAUCGCCAUCGCACGCGCGCUGCUGCGGGCGCCGGCCGUGCUGCUGCUGGACGAGGCCACGUCGGCGCUGGACCCGCGCUCGGAGCGCAAGGUGCAGGCCGCGCUCGACCGCGCCAGCGCCGGCCGCACCACGCUCGUCGUCUCGCACAGAUUGUCGACAAUCGUGAACGCCGACCGUAUCAUCUGCAUGGACCGCGGCGCCAUCGUGGAGCAGGGCACGCACAAGGAACUUCUGGAGGCCAAAGGUGACUGCACGCCGCCCUCCCCCUCCCGAGUCACGUUGCGCCACCACACCUCGGUCCGCUCUGUGUCGCACUCUAAUACAAACAUGACAAUGCUGCGGUCGGACCUUUUACGGACAGUUCGGUCCUCCAUAGUAAUUUUUUACCUCGCCUUACAUAAGGACUGUUCGCAUCGCCGCUACAUGAUAGCGGCACCCGCUCGCGCAUACCUCCUCUAGAACUUUAGUUAAAUCGUGUCGACCAGGUCGGAGGCACGCCACGAGUCAGCCGAUGUGUCAUA